AUGUCCGCCUCUGAACGCGCCGAAUCGCCCUCCGCUCGAGGCCAACAGCCAAUGCUUGCCUCGCAGCGAGCAAAGCAGGACGCACAAACUCCCAAGCCGAACCCAUAUUUUCCCCUAGGAUACAAGGCCGGCUUCAGCCAGUGGUGGGCCAAUGUAUCACCGGCAAUCGCGGAGCAUAAUGUUUUGUCCUACAUUCCAUACCUCCAAAAACCUCCUACGCAUACACAAACGGGGUCUGUCCCGGUAUCCGCCCGAGGAUCUACUACAGAUGUCAACAUCGACCCGUCCCGGGAAUCCUCACCAGUGAGGACCAGUUCCCUAAAGGAUCCCUACGGGCCGCGGACAUGGAGUUCGAACCUGGUGCCGUUGAGUGGCAAGAACCGAGCGCUGAAUGAGUUCUCGGUGGAGCGAGUGGGAGAAAAUGUGGAGGAAAAUCUCGUCAUGCUGCAUGGGUACGGAGCUGGGUUGGGGUUCUUCUACAAGAAUUUUGAGGGACUGAGCCGCGUCAGGGGCUGGAAGUUAUAUGCUCUGGAUAUGAUGGGAAUGGGGAGAAGCAGUAGACCACCAUUCAAGGUACAUGCCAAGGACCAACAGGGCAAGAUUACAGAAGCGGAGAAUUGGUUUAUCGAUGCCCUAGAAGAGUGGCGGAUACUGAGAAAAAUCGACAAAUUCACAUUGAUGGGACAUAGUAUGGGUGGCUACAUGGCUGUGGCAUACGCGCUGAAAUACCCUGGCCGUCUAAACAAGCUUAUUCUAGCAUCACCUGUUGGGAUUCCAGAGGAUCCCUACGCGAUGCAGGCCGAUAUGCCAGAACCACAAGAGUCGACGAUGAACAACGAGUUCUCGCAAGACCAAGAAAAAGAUAUCGUCAAUCCAAACGGCAAACUCAAGACCAAUGGCGACAACAACAAUUUUCUCAAUGCUCGCUCAAAAGCGGAAGCCAACAAUACGACAUCCAGCACACCUCCACGCCGACCGAUAGCCAAGUGGAUCACAUAUCUAUGGGAUGCCAACAUCUCGCCCUUUAGUUUCGUCCGCUGGUCUGGACCGCUGGGUCCACGGCUGGUAUCGGGAUGGACAUCAAGGCGUUUCUCCCACCUACCUCAAACCGAAUCAGAUGCCCUACAUGAUUAUGCCUAUUCCCUAUUCAAACAACGAGGUAGUGGCGAAUACGCUCUAGCAUAUAUUCUAGCUCCUGGGGCAUUCGCGCGCAGUCCACUCAUCAGACGAAUCCACGGCGUCGGUCGCCAACCAUUACCUCCGCAGCAAUUCACCUCCCCUUCCUUGACAAAAGAGACUGGCAUCCCCGUGAUAAUGAUGUAUGGCGAACACGACUGGAUGGACGUUGCAGGCGGCUUCGCCUCAGAGCAGAGACUUAAAGAAGAGAAAGAAAAGGCUCUCAUGGCUGCGAGUGCAGAGGAGAAGAAGAUGGAAAACGGACAGACAAAGGUGGUGAUUAUCAAGAAGGCGGGACAUCAUGUGUAUCUCGAUGGAUGGGAGGAGUUUAAUCAGGUGAUGAGGGAGGAGAUGGAGGAGACUUCGAAACGGACGAAGAGCCUAGAAGCUGCUAGUUGA